CAACUACUGAUCCUCCUACAACAACUACUGAUCCUACUACAACUACUGAUCCUACUACAACAACUACUGAUCCUACUACAACAACUACUGAUCCUACUACAACAACUACUGAUCCUACUACAACAACUACUGAUCCUACUACAACAACAACUAUUGCUCAACUAAAUCUCCAACCACUGCUCCUACUACAACAACUACAGCUCCCACUACAACAACUACAGCUCCUAACACAACAUCUACUGGACCUAUCCCAAACAGCUCUGAACAGCACAACUAUGACUCCUACUGCUACAUCUGCUACUCCAAGUCCUACUCCUAUGCCUCCUACUGCUACAUCUGCUACUCCUAGUUCUACUCCUCUGACUCCUAAUAUGUCAACAACUCCAACUACUGCUACAACUCCUCUUAGACUUACGAGUUUGAGAGAAAGAAAGCGCUACUCUAGACCAAUGGGCUGCGAUGUUAGAGAUGACCCCAGGAAAUGCACCUACAUCUCUGUCACAACCUACCCUCCUUUCAUAGUGGAGAUUAGUGCACCUGCAGACACACCUAAGGGGUACCUGGGAAUCAUCACUGAAAUGCUAACUAAUCAAAUCAAGUUUGAAUCAGUGAUUGUGGUGUACGAAAGUGGAACAUUUACUGUUCAAAACGCCUUUUACAAUGGAGCCACAUUUCUCAACAAAACACUAGUGGAGGUAACGGACAAAGAACUUGCUUAUGAUCCUUAUAUAAAAAUACUUCAAUUGAACUUCAUCAUCCCUGAUAAUUUGACUCCACUUUUGCUCAAAACCUUGACCCUAACACCCAGAUGUGUAAUAGAUGCUGGUCUUCAAAAAGUGUUCUUUGUCCGAGGAUCUGUUGAGGAUAAUGGUGAUCUUGGCUCUCCCUCCAUCACACUUUUGACAGGCCUCUCCAGUCAGGUUUCAUCAAGCUGUAGGAAACCCCUUUUUCACGGCCUGUUGAUGACGUUGGUCUGUUGGAACCUCUUCAACCUUCUGCCUUUAAUCUGCUGAACUACCAAAUGAGGACUUCCAAGUUCACCAUUUUAUUGAUUUGCCUAUUUUUGUUCAAUAACACUGUAUUUUGUAAUAUACUGUAGUCGUGCAUAUUUAUUCAUAUAUACAGUGGGGCAAAAAAGUAUUUAAUGUCCUGGAAACAUAACAUGUACAAAAGUGGAAACACAAAUG